GCGCCGUCCCGCUCCUUCCUUUCCUCUCUCCUUCCUUCGUUCCUUCCUUCCGCCGGACGCCAUGAAGCCCGGGCCCCGGGCGGCCGCGGCGCUGCUGGCGCUGCUGUGCGCAGGCUGCGCGCUGCGCCCGGGGCGCGCCCAGUACGAGCGCUACAGCUUCCGCAGCUUCCCGCGGGACGAGCUGAUGCCGCUCGAGUCGGCCUACAGACACGCGCUGGACCAGUACAGCGGCGAGCACUGGGCCGAGAGCGUGGGUUACCUGGAGAUUAGCCUGCGGCUGCACCGCCUGCUGCGCGACAGCGAGGCCUUCUGCCACCGCAACUGCAGCUCCAUGCCCCAGCCCGAGCCCGCCGCGGGCCUUGCCCGCUACCCGGAGCUGCGCCUCUUCAAGGGCCUGCUGCACCGCGCACAGUGCCUCAAACGCUGCAAGCAGGGCCUGCCCGCCUUCCGCCAGUCGCAGCCCAGUCGUGAGGUGCUGGCGGACUUCCAGGGCCGAGAGCCCUACAAAUUCCUGCAGUUCGCCUACUUCAAGGCAAAUAAUCUCCCAAAGGCCAUCGCAGCAGCUCAUACCUUUCUCCUGAAGCAUCCUGAUGAUGACAUGAUGAAGAGAAACAUGGAGUAUUACAAGAGCUUGCCUGGGGCUGAGGACUACAUUAAAGACUUGGAAACCAAGUCAUAUGAGAGCCUGUUCAUCCGAGCGGUGAGGGCCUACAAUGGCGAGAACUGGAGAACGGCCAUCACAGACAUGGAGCUGGCCCUCCCCGACUUCUUAAAGACCUUUUACGAGUGCCUCUCAGCCUGCGAGGGCUCCAGGGAAAUCAAGGACUUCAAGGAUUUCUACCUUUCCAUAGCAGAUCAUUAUAUAGAAGUCUUGGAAUGCAAAAUACAGUGUGAAGAGAACCUCACUCCAGUUAUAGGAGGCUAUCCUGUGGAGAAAUUUGUGGCUACCAUGUAUCAUUAUUUGCAGUUUGCAUAUUAUAAAUUGAGUGACCUGAAGAAUGCAGCCCCCUGUGCAGUCAGCUACCUGCUCUUUGACCAGAACGACAAGGUCAUGCAGCAGAACCUGGUGUACUACCAGUACCACAGGGACAAGUGGGGCCUCUCAGACGAGCAUUUCCAGCCCAGACCAGAAGCAGUUCAGUUCUUUAACGUGACAACACUCCAGAAAGAGCUGUAUGACUUUGCUAAGGAAAAUAUAAUGGAUGAUGAUGAGGGAGAGGUUGUGGAAUUUGUGGAUGACCUCUUGGAACUGGAAGAGAUGGGGUAGUCCACAGCAACCAGCAAGACUUCACCUUGACGUUCAGGAAACAGAUUCUUUGUCCUCCUUUUCCCAAUAUCCCAGGUUGUUGAUACCUCAGAGCCUUCCUUUUGCUCUGUGAAGUGAAAGGGAAGCCCCAGUCCCCCUGAAUACAUGUGACAGGGGAGCCCGCCCUGUGUUCACACCUCUCUCCCCCGUUCACACCAUCUUCCACCCAUCUUGCGCAUUCCUCACACCUGUCUUCCCAAUGUUCAUGGCUAUCUUUCCGUGCUCUACCUGUCUUCCCCAAUUUUAUAUCUGUCUGCCUCGUGUUCACACCUGCUGUCCCCGCGUUCACCCCUGUCUUCCUCACGUUCCCAUCUGUUUCCUCCAUGUGCACAUGUGCCUCUCUCACCAUUUUGGUUGAGAGGACAGUCUUCCAUGGUUUGUUGUUUUUCCCCCCAGAAAAUCAGUAUUAUUUUUAAAAUAAGAAAAACACUCCUAAAGGAUGAUGAUUAUGAAAACUUUCUUUGGUCUCUCUGCU